AGGUCACUGCGAGACGGCCGCGCGUGAAAGAAGAUCACAGCUGGCGGUGCUCUGUUUUUAUAUUCGUACCGUGUGUAUACAGACAACUGCCAAAGUAAAAAACCUCGAUCGUUGCAUUUUGUUUUUCUCGUUCGACGCCCCCCGUUCGAAGUAUAGAAGGAAGCAAGGGCGCGAUAACUCUACUCGGAGUAAUCUUAUUAGAAACCAAAAAAAAAAAACAAACAGACAAACGAGUCAUGGUUAAAAUAGCUUUAAAACUGAAGGCGAAUCUCGAGAACAUCGAGAGCCUGUGCCCCGCGACGAGCCCGGACUUUCGCUGGUAUCUCAAGUUCACCUGCAACAAUUGCGGCGAGAUGUCGAGCAAGUGGAACUACGCGUCGCUCUCCGAAGAGACGCCCGCGCAGCGCGGCAGCGCCGUCAAUCACUUCGUGACCAAGUGCAAGCUGUGCGGCCGCGACAACUCGUUGACCAUACUGCAAGAGACGGUACGGGGUAUCGUGGCCGAGAGUUGCGGCGAGUUCAGGCAGGUGGCCGUGUUCGACUGUCGCGGCCUCGAGCCCAAAGAGUUCUCGGCGCGCGAGGGCUGGGUGGCCAAGGCCGUGGACGGCGGCAAGACCUUCAACGAGGUCGACCUGAGCGAGGGCGAGUGGGCCGAUUACUGCGAUAAGAUUAACCAGCCGGUUGGCGUUUACGAGAUCGAGCACAAGUUCGAGAGAGUGAAGUAGUGUGCGCUGUGCGGUGGUGCGGAGAGACACUUUUUGUAUAUUUGAUAUUGUUACUCAAAGAUUGGAUAAAUAUAAUAUUUUAAUUCGAA